AUGGUUGUUUUGAAGAGUUUCAUUAUCCUUGCUGUUGGAAUGUACAGUUCAUCAGUAUCAGCUGAAUGUAGUUUCAGAAAUGAUGAUGCAAUAAAAAAGAAACCUGUUGGUGGUGAAGAUUACAAUUUACGUCCAGAUCCUCAUUAUAGCUGGAGCAAUGUACGUGGUGUAACAACUGUUCGAUAUAUAUUUGAUAAAUCAGUCGAAGAUGAUCAAUUAACAAAAAAGGCUUUUCUGGAUGUUAUGAGAGAACUUGAAGCUCGAUCAUGUUUGAAGUUUGUACCCACUAAAUCCAAAAGCCAGAAAUACUUAUUUAUUUUUGCCGGAAAUGACUGCAUGUUUAACGAUGUUACUGGCGGGGUUAAAUAUGAUUCUGGAUUGCAAACACAGACUCUGGAGAUGUCCCAUAGACUAUGUAACCGUAACCUGCAGCAGACUAAAACUUCUUACUACAAAGUAAUACGUCACGAGUUUCUUCAUGUUUUUGGCCUGAUGCAUACACAAACUAGAUGGGACAGGAAUCAAUAUGUUAAUGUUAACACCAAAAAUCUUGUGGACUCUAAAGAAGCAAGAUAUCAGUAUGAAAUAUGCAAAGACUGUGACACACUUGAUGCCCCAUAUGAAUGCAAUUCAAUAAUGCACUAUAAGACUAAUACCUAUGCUAUCAACCCCGAAAAACCAGUUAUGACUUCCAUAAAUAAAUCAUGCAUCAUAAAACCCUCCAAUUAUUUAACUAACGAGGACUGGAAACUCCUAAACAAAGCUGCAAAGUGCCCUAAAAUCUAAACACAAAGAAAGUUGGUUCAGAACCUGAUCAGUUGGUCACAGCUCCAAUCAUUUUCAAUUUUCAAAAUUUUUGGAUAAAUUUUUAGAGAAAAUCUUGCAUGUGUUUUCUUAUUAAGUUUGUUUCAAUAAAAUAAUUAGACAGUAAA